AGACAGAUGUCUGGCAGUAACUGCACAGCUGUGACUGAAUUCAUUAUUUUGGGCUUAACAGAUGAUCCAACCCUUCAUGUCAUCCUCUUCGUGGCAUUUCUGGGUGUCUAUGUAGUCACCUUAGUCGGUAACCUUACCAUAAUCACAUUGAUCAGAAAUAGCUCCCAACUUCACACUCCAAUGUACCUUUUCCUCAGCCACUUGGCAUUUGUGGAUAUUGGAUAUUCCUCCUCUGUCACACCUGUUAUGCUCAAGAAUUUCCUUGUGGACAAAACUGUAAUCCCUCUUGGAGGAUGUGUGGCCCAGCUGUUCUUUGGAGUCACCUUUGGGACAGCUGAGUGCUUCCUACUGGCUGUCAUGGCUUAUGAUCGGUAUAUGGCCAUCUGUAACCCCCUACUCUAUUCAACCAACAUGUCUCCUAGGGUCUGCACUCUGUUACUUAUCACAUCCUACCUGGGUAGUUGUGUAAAUGCUUGGAUUUUCACUGGUUGUUUAUUGACUCGGUCCUUCUGUGGACCCAAUAAGAUCAAUCAUUUUUUCUGUGAUUAUUCACCACUUUUGAAGCUUUCCUACUCUCAAGAUGAUCUUGGUGAAAUUCUUCCUGCUGCCUCUGCUGGGUCAAUAAUUAUGAUCACUGUACUAAUUAUCAUAGUCUCUUAUGUAUACAUCCUGUUCUCUAUCCUAACGAUAAGGUCCACUGAGGGGAGAUCCAAAGCUUUCUCAACUUGUACCUCCCACCUCACAGUAGUCACUCUCUUCUAUGGCACCAUUACAUUCAUUUAUGUGAUGCCUAAAUCUAGUUACUCAACAGAUGAGAAUAAAGUGGUGUCUGUCUUCUACAUUGUAAUCAUCCCCAUGUUGAACCCCUUGAUCUAUAGUCUAAGGAACAAUGAAGUAAAAGGGGCCCUUCGAAAACUGUUGAGUAGGAGACAUGCUUUUUCAUGA